AUGUCUACUGAACAACCAGCUACUGCCAAUGUUGGCAAUCAAGAUGAAAUUACUCCAUACAGUGAAGGUCAACAAGAUGCAUCUCACAACCCAAACAAAGAUGUGUAUGGACCACACUGGGGUGAAGUUCGUUCUGAAGGGGAUUACAUUUAUUUCGGUAAUGAAAGGUACUUGCGUUCCGAUUUGGCUCAAGCCUUUGGUGGUAUGAUGAACCCAGGUUUGGCUCCACCACAAAAGACUGAAUAUGCAAAUCCGGCUCCGUUGGGUUUAAGUGGUUUUGCAUUGACCACAUUUGUCCUUAGUUUAAUCAAUUGUGGUGCUAGAGGUGUUCACAUUCCAAAUAUUCUUGUUGGGUUGGCUUAUUUCUACGGUGGUGCUGCUCAAUUGCUUGCUGGUUUCUUUGAACUUAUUUUGGGAAACACUUUUGGUGGCGUUGCAUUGUGUUCAUAUGGUGGAUUCUGGAUGUCUUGGGCUUCAAUUCAAGUUCCUGCAUUUGGUAUUAUUGCUGCUUAUGAUGGACACGCUCAAGAACUUGAGUUUGCUGUUGGUCUUUUCCUUCUUGCUUGGGCUAUUUUUACAUUUUUCAUGAUGAUUAUGACCCUCAAGUCUACAUUAGCAUUCUUUUCCAUCUUCUUCUUUUUGACGCUUACAUUUUUGUUAUUGGGUAUUGGAUCAAUUUCUGCAAGAGAAGGUGUCACUAAAGCUGGUGGUGUUUUUGGUUUAUUGAGUGCAUUUGCUGCUUGGUAUAAUGCUUAUGCUGGUAUUGCUAAUCCACAAAACAGUUAUCUUGUGGUUAAGGCACUUCCAUUGCCAGAUUUGGAAGACCGUUGGAGAGGAAAGGAAAAGACUAGCCAAGCUUAG